UUGGCAAAUGCAAAUUAACGUUAACAAAACAAAAGCUAUCACGUUCGGGACAACGGCUAACCUCGUGUUUUACGACUACACGUUGAACAACAUGCCCAUAGACUCUGUAUCCACAAUAAAAUACCUUGGUGUACAUUUGUCAUCAGACCUGUCAUGGAACACCCAUAUAGACGCUAUCGUCAGUAAAGCAUCCAGAUCACUUGGCUUCAUAAGGCGUAAUUUGCAUCCGGCGAACUCCGAAACUAAACUUCUUGCUUAUAAAACCUUAGUACGCUCAAAACUCGAAUAUGCCUCCUUCAUCUGGAAUCCGCAUCAGGCCUACCUCAAACAGAAACUGGAGUCGGUACAAAAUAAGGCUGCUCGCUUCAUCACAAAAAACUACUUACGAACAUCAAGCGUAACUGAAAUCAAAUCUUCACUCAAUUUAGCUCCUCUAGAAAAUCGCAGGUUGCUGACACUAUUGUCAUUCUUUCAUAAGCUUUACUUCAAUCAGUCAUCCCACGAUAUCUUCAAUAUCAGACCAGCUCGUCAUAUAUCUUCGCGACUCGAUCACCAACAUAAAAUUGAACCUAUUUUCGCUCGCACUAAUCUCUUCUUUCACUCCCCACUUCUCCUCGCCAUUCGUGAAUGGAAUCUUCUUCCUGCUGACAUUGUGCUCAUUGUGAAUCAUGACUCAUUUGUAACUAGUCUAAAGUCAUUUCUAGGACAAAAUGGAAGCCAAUAGAAAAAUUCUAUCCUCAAUUCACUAGUGCUGAUUUUCUAUGUUUUCUUUUUCUUUUUUUUACGUUGCGUUUUAUUCAUUCUGUUCUGCUUGUCUUGUUUAUUUAGUGUUUUUUCUAUUAGUUUCAUGUGAUACUGAUGAUGUUUAUUGUUAUGAAACUUUACUUUAUGAUUGUUUUUUUUUUUUACGUAUUAUAAUACUGUCACACGUAGCUGUUUUUACACCAUUUGAUGUUUACUUAUUCAUGUACUCUGAUUUCAUUGUUCAGUGUGUAUUUUAUUUAUUUGCCACAUUAACUGUA